UCACCAACUUAAAAUAGAUUUGCACAUUACUUUUUGUGUGAAAACGAGUAUUUAUGGUUCAAGUAUCCAAACAUUUCAAAACUUACCAACACUACUAGACAGCUCGCCGCCGUCGCCGCCGCCUCCGUCGUCCUCAUUCUCAGGUGCGGUCUUGUCUAUACAGGUUUAGAGAGUUGAAAAUUUUAGGUUGAUAAUUUUACAAAUAGCAACAAAAUGAGUGAUUCACAUGCUCAUGAUGACGAAGAAGACAACAAUAAUGUUUUCCUUGACGACUCUGAUAUCAUCCAUGAAGUUGCCUUGGAUGAUGAAGUUCUUCCAGAAGCUAGUGACCCUAUUCGCGACUUCAAUUCGGACUCUGAUUCCGAAAUUGAGGAGGUUGAUGACUCUGAUCACAUUUUCACCGGUCAUACUGGGGAAUUAUACGCAGCUUCCUGCAGCCCAACAGAUAUGACACUGGUGGCAACAGGAGGUGGUGAUGACAAAGGAUUUCUCUGGCAGAUCAACAAUGGAGAUUGGGCUUCUGAGCUUAAUGGUCAUUCCGAUUCUGUAUCUAGUUUAGGUUUUAGCCACGAUGGAAAGUUUCUGGCAACAGGAAGUUUUGAUGGAACAGUUAAAGUCUGGGAUGUAGCUGGAAAUCUGAAAGGCACACUUGAUGGACCUGAAGGGGGCGUUCAGUGGCUUAGGUGGCAUCCAAGAGGAAACAUACUCAUUGCUGGUUUUGAUGAUUCCUCCACGGUUUGGAUGUGGAAUACGGAUAAUUUUGCCUUCCUUAUGUCAUUUAAUGGUCAUGCUAGUAGUGUCACAUGUGGUGAUUUUACUCCCGACGGGAGAAUAAUAUGUACUGGUUCUGACGACGCAACCUUGAGAAUAUGGAACCCAAAAUCUGGAGAAAGCAUUCAUGUUGUGCGAGGUCAUCCAUACCAUACCGAGGGAAUAACAUGUUUAGCAAUAAAUUCAACUUCAACUAUUGCUCUUACUGGUUCCCAGGAUGGAUCUGUGCAUUUUGUGAAUAUCACUACUGGAAGAGUUGUUAGUACUGUGCCUUCUCAUUCAAGUUCCAUUGAGUGUGUUGGGUUCGCACCAAGUGGUACUUGGGCUUUAAUUGGAGGCAUGGAUAAAAUGACCAUCUGGGAUAUAGAGAAUUCCUUAGCCCGAAGCACUUGUGAUCACGAGUAUGGAGUAACAUGUUUGACAUGGCUUGGUGCAUCAUAUGUGGCUACUGGAUCUAUGGAUGGAGCUGUGAGAUUAUGGGACAGUCGCUCAGGAGAAUGUGUCAAAAUGUUCAGAGGGCACUCUGAAGGCAUUCAAACUCUUUCUUUGUCUGCUAAUCGCGAGUACCUUGUCUCAGCUUCUUUAGAUCAUACGGCCCGUGUUUUUGAAGUUAAAGAUUUCUGUUAAGCAAAGCACUCCUUUCUCGGCUCACCCCGUGUGCAAGUCCUUGAGGACAGUGGGUGGUACUCUACAAAGCCAGAUUGUUAUUUUAUGUCGUGUUGUGGUGGUGGAGCAAAACACUGUUGUAUAAGGUUUUUGAAUUUUGACUGUCCUAGACAUAUAUUGUAGAACAGGAAUUUGGAUUUUUCUAAGGCUAUUUUUUUCUCUAUAAUAUUAAUUUUGAUGUUCAUACUAA